CUCUGUUUCCUCCCCCCUCCCUCUCCUCUCCGCAAAAACUGGGAGAAAAGGAUUGUUUUGAAACCAAGGAAGAAUAAACAGAGGAUUUCCCUCCUCCACCCAAGGACGUGCCUCUUUUUUUCACGAAUACCAAAGAACUGGUUCCCCCCUCUCCGAACACAUGCAAAACAGACAGGGCGAAUACGCAAAAACCUAGACAGAAGGUCUCUGCCUCGCACCAGCACACACACGUUUAUAAAACGACACACCCGAACCCACAACCCCACCGCCAGCUAGUUCUGGUGACGCCCGCAGCGGAGAGGACCGAGGCAUGCCGGGAGUCAUGCAGUGGCAGCUGGAGCUCGCUGCCCUCGGUCUGGCCCUUACCGGCUGGCUGUGUGCCAUCCUCACGCGCUGCCUGGCCCUGUGGACGGUGAGCGGCACUGUGGACAACACCACGGCCACCCUGCCGGCCUACUGGGACGGGGUGUGGCUGGAAUGGGAUCACUGGGAUUUGGCACACGACGGCAGUCUGCACUGCUCCUUCUACCGGUCCCUCAUGUCUCUCUCUGGGAGCUUUCGGACGUGGAGGGCCCUCGUCAUGGCCGCUAUCGGGGCCGGGGGCUUCGCCGCGGCUAUCGGGGCGGCGGGGGCCGUGUGGUUCCCCACGCGCGGCCAGGUCAAAGUGUUUUCUGGCGCCCUCUUUGUUGUGUCUGGGAUCCUGCUGCUGGUUCCCACAGCCUGGACGUGCCACCACACCGGCCAGCCGCUGGAGGGCGCCGUGCUGUUGAGGAGGGACUGGGGGCCGGCGCUGUACCUCGGCUGGAUCUCCUUCGCCCUGAUGGUGGCCGGAGGGGCGUUUCUCGCCACCAGGUGCCCCACCGGUGAGAGGCCGGUAGAGCGGCCGGGAGACGACCCGAGCCCGGAGGAGGGGGCCAGUCACCCGCUGAGCCGGAUCAACAGGACUACGUUCACACACAGCCAGUAUGAGCGCAGGUCCGAGCCCCUCUGAGGGGGGGGGGGGGAUAUUUCUGGCUGCACGUGAGGAGUAACGAUGCACCCACCUAACUGAGUGUGAGCAUUAGAAAGUAGAAGCACAUUUAACCUCUGACAAUGUCACUGUAAAGACAGACACUCCUGUCUGUUUGCUUUACUCAGUGCAGUUAUUGAUACUAAUACUGGUUAUUCUGAUACUUUUACUUCAUUUAGUUUAUAUUAGUCUUAACACGAAAUAAACGAAAUUUGUUUUGAGGUGAAUUAUUCUGCACAAAAAGGACACCGUGGAAUAAUUUGCAUUGCAAAUGACUUAAAGGCAUUUGUUUACCGGAGUUAUUUGAAUGGACUGGUUUUUAACUCAUUGUGCCACAGAGCACUUGAUGUGAUGGUCAUUUUGAAACACUGUAGUAAUCUAUUUGGAGUGUUUGUCUUUAAAAAAUAAAAGAAAUAGGACACAUGAUGGAAAAGAAUCAGACAAUGUCUUUUAGAGUGGGUCGAUACAUUUACAGACUAUCCACAGUUGGGUGUACAAUAAAGGACUUUAUUAGAAUUCUGUUUGCAGAUCUACACCCAUGUUUGGCGGGUAUGUCGUGUGACGUCAGUAUGUUACACUUUUCAUAAUAAAAACAUUGUAAUACGAAACGACGGUUCAGGGGUUGGAAUGUAUGGAAUUCUGAGUUUAAAGAAAACAGAAAUUGUGCCCGCAAUCAUUUAAUGCAAAAAAUAGGGAAAGUGCAAUAUGUGGAAAAACUGAUGUUAUCUUGAAAGCUUUCAUCUUUGAAUUCCCCUGUAAAAUCACAGAGGACAAAGUGAGAGGUCCCUCUCUUUUACUGUGCACUUUUAAAUAUCUAUUUUUAAUCCUAGUUCACGGUGUGUGAUGUAGUGCUGGGAAAACUCUUGGGGCUGGCUUUUGCAUUUCAUUUGUAAUAAAGUUACUCUA